AUGUCUGGUCGCGGUAAGGGUGGUAAGGGCCUGGGGAAAGGAGGCGCUAAGCGCCAUCGUAAGGUGCUACGAGACAAUAUCCAGGGCAUUACCAAGCCUGCUAUUCGCCGCUUGGCGAGGCGUGGUGGUGUCAAGCGUAUUUCUGGCCUUAUCUAUGAAGAGACCCGCGGGGUUCUCAAGGUGUUUCUGGAGAACGUGAUCCGUGAUGCCGUAACCUACACUGAACACGCCAAGCGCAAGACAGUCACUGCCAUGGAUGUGGUCUAUGCGCUGAAACGCCAAGGGCGCACCCUCUACGGCUUUGGGGGUUAG